CUGGCAAAAACCGUUAUGGCCGCUCAGUUUGAAAAUUCGGUCCACCAAAAUCGGCCUCGACCGAACCGCCGCCGGAGUCAAAGGCUUUAAAAGCACCAACCCAUUUGAACCUCCUUCCGAAUCAUCUUCCCUCCUUCUUCCCUAAAAUCCAACCCCUCUUUCUUCUUCAAAUUCCCUCAACCCAGCAGCCCGCCGCCAUGGCAGCUAAACUGAGUCGCAGUUGGUCGUUUUUUCGAGGGAAGCAAGAGGAGAGCAAUAAGCAUUACCUCCACGAGGACUUCCAGCCUCGGGAGCCGCAUUUUCGGGUGAAUCUCCAGCAGAGGUUCAAAAGGGACGAGAAAAUGGCGUCCAUGAGGCACCGGCCGCUGCCUCCGCUGCCGACAGCACGUGGCGGAUUCACGUCAUUAUCCCAACAGGCAGAGGAACCCCAAGCUCACUCUCAGACCAGUCACAGCAACAGACAAAAUAACAGCGGUAAUCAGAGAACGCAACAGCCCAAUGCACAGAUUUCCGCUGCCGUCAACCACUCUCCAACCUUCCCUCUGGGGUGCUUCCUCUCUCGACGGAUAUUGUGAACCAAGUGCGACCCCGAGCCAACAGAAUGAUCCAGGAGGGAGGGAAGAAGGUGAACCGCGCACUCCAGGGAGUCAGGACUUCCUUGUCGUCAUUCACACAGAUGUUCCGCAACUCGACCCGCCGCAGGUACAAGCUGGAUGCAAGGACACCCACCCACACCCCAAAGCACAGUUCGAGCCGCACCCCGAGAAAGACCCCAGGCAAGCUCUACUCGCCUUUCAACAUGACCACGCCCGUCACACCCCACAGCUACUUCAAGGCUCCUAAACGUCUCCAAAACGGCACUCCAAGAAGGAAUGCCCCAGGAAACGAGAAUCUUCCCAGAGCCAUCACACCCCAGGCCAACAGAGCCCCCUUAGUUAGUCCCAGCCAGUGGACGCAGUUUCACUCUCCAUCACAGAAGUUCGACCGCGACGUCCUGGCCAUGAGGAGUGGAAUGCAGGACCUUGAGUGUGUGACGACAAGAAUACUAAGGAAUGGAAAAUUGCAUUAAAAAGAUAAUCAUGUUUUUUGGUUAAUUUGUUGAUUGCACAAAAUUUAUUUGGUUUGUAUGUUUGCCAAAGGUCUAGGGAGCCAAAGUAAAUUGUGGCUUGUGAUAUUCAAGCACUGCAGUAUUAUAUCUGGAGAGAUUUAUUUCUUAAGUCAUGAGGAAUCUCAUUAUAUUUUAGGUACAUUUUCAUUAUAUUUUCUAUAAAAAUGAAAUGACAAGAAAUGUGGAUAAAAUCAGGAGACUAUUUGUUCCUAAUCUUGGUAAUUAACUCCUGUUCAAAGAUGUUCAUUUCAGUACCAUGUGAUUCAGUAAUCUUUCUGUGAAAAUUUAUUCACAAUUGGCUUGUAAUGAGCAACAUUUCCCACCGACCCUUGUAAUCUCCUCGGUUCAGGACAAUGGAUCUGUAUG